AUAUAUUAAAUCAAAUUCCCCCUCUCCUUCUUCCCAACACAGACUCCCCAUUAACUACCUUACUUCAAUCUACAAAAUCAAACCUCCGUAAUGGGCUUUCCCGUGGGUUGCACCGAAGUUUUCUUCCCCACCAUAUUCCUCCACCUCCUCUCCCUCCUCGACGUUCUCAAAUUCCUCAUCCUCUCCCUCUUCCGCCUCCUCGGCCUACCCGAAUUCCUCCCCUCCGACAAUCUACCUCCGGAACUCCAAUUUCCCCUCAACCCUCCCCCGUCGGCCCUACUCCUCCGCGAACUCCUCCCGGUGGUGAAAUUCUCCGAUCUGCCAAACCCGCCGGAGAGAUGCGCGGUUUGCUUGUACGAGUUCGAGGGGGCGGAGGAGAUCCGGUGGCUAACGAAUUGCAAGCACAUAUUCCACCGGAGGUGUGUGGAUAGUUGGAUGGAUCAUGAUCAUGACACUUGUCCACUUUGUAGAACGCCGUUCGUGCCUGAUGAGAUGAUGGAUGAAUUUAAUCAACGGCUGUGGGCUGCCUCCGGUAUCGCUGAGACUUUUGAGACGGACUUCAACUCCGUUUUAGGAUAGAACUUUUUUUUUCUUUUCUUUUCAAUUAUUCUUUUUCUUUUUUCUUCCUUUUUUGUAAGGAAGAGUUUUCCAAACUGUAUAUAUUUAUAAAUCUAUAAUGUGUAUAUCACAUAUAUAUAUAUAUAUAUAUUAUAAUAUAUGAGAAUUUGUGCACUUUUGGCUCAA